GAUGGGGGAGGAAUUCGAGGCUUAUCGGAACUCGUCAUGAUUGAAGAAAUCAUGAGCCGAGUACAGGCUCGCCUUGGUCUGGAGAAGAUGCCAGUUCCAGCUGACUAUUUUGACCUCAUUGGUGGAACCAGUACUGGAGGGUUGAUCGCUAUCAUGCUUGGGAGGCUCCGAAUGUCCGUGCAGGAAGCGAUCAAAGCAUAUAGUGAGCUUUCAGAAGCCAUUUUCGGCAAGACUCAGUCUCGUUUCCAUGAAGGGAAAUACGACGCGAAGAAAUUCCAAAGAAUCAUCGAAGAUGCCGUAGCUGAGAAGUUGGGCCACGAUCAGCGGCAGGCCAAACUGCGGACAUCCGAGGUGCAAAAUUGUCGAAGCUUUGUUGUUACCGUCUCCAGCAUCUCUGUAGAUGUUCGGCUCUUCCGAUCGUACGCUCUUCCGGGCAUACCUGAACAUGACUGUACUAUUGGGGAAGCAGCAAGAGCAACCUGCGCUGCUCCUACCUACUUCUCAAGCAUUGAAAUCGGGCUUCCCGGUCAGCAAGAACGGUUUUUUGAUGGAGGGGUUGGAUGCAACAAUCCAAUAUCUCAACUUCACCUCGAAGCGGCACGACUCUUCGACGACUCUGACGAGGUGGCCUGUAUUGUGAGCUUAGGAACGGGCUUCCGCCACCCUAUUGUCCUAAACAGGCCAACCUUACUCGAGAAGGGAACAAUCCCGGUCAAUCUUAUUAAGGCAUUCAAGAAGAUGGCAUUGGACCCGGAAAAAGAGGCGGAGUAUAUGGACCGCAAGUAUUCGGGUAUGGAGAAGGUGUACUUCCGGCUCAAUGUUGCACAGGGGCUGCAAGACACUAAGCUUGCAGAUUUCGAGAAGCUUGGGAGUGUACGUUCUGCGACAGUGGCAUAUCUGCGUUCAGCGGCUGUUUCGGCGACAAUAGAUGCCAUUGCGGCACGAUUAUGCGAAUCCAAAGACGCGCCCACCCCGUCCCCACUACUAGGUCAAGUCUGUGAGUAG